CCCCCGGUGGCCCUUGAGAGCCGGACCUCGUCCGGCGCGGCUGGGACCAUGGUGUUUCUUUCUGGAAAUGCCUCCGACAGCUCCAACUGCACCCACCCGCCGGCACCAGUGAACAUUUCCAAGGCCAUUCUGCUCGGGGUGAUCUUGGGGGGCCUCAUCAUCUUCGGAGUACUGGGGAACAUCCUAGUGAUCCUCUCCGUGGCCUGUCACCGCCAUCUGCACUCGGUCACUCACUACUACAUCGUCAACCUGGCGGUGGCCGACCUUCUGCUUACCUCCACGGUGCUGCCCUUCUCCGCUAUCUUCGAGAUCCUAGGCUACUGGGCCUUUGGCAGGGUCUUCUGCAACAUCUGGGCGGCGGUGGACGUCCUGUGCUGCACCGCGUCCAUCAUGGGACUCUGCAUCAUCUCCAUUGACCGCUACAUCGGCGUGAGCUACCCGCUGCGCUACCCCACCAUCGUCACCCAGAAGAGAGGUCUCAUGGCUCUGCUCUGCGUCUGGGCGCUCUCCCUCGUCAUCUCCAUCGGGCCUCUGUUUGGCUGGAGGCAGCCGGCCCCCGAGGACGAGACCAUCUGCCAGAUCACCGAGGAGCCGGGCUACGUGCUCUUCUCGGCGCUGGGCUCUUUCUACGUGCCGCUGGCCAUUAUCCUGGUCAUGUACUGCCGGGUCUACGUGGUGGCUAAGAGGGAGAGCCGGGGCCUCCAGUCCGGCCUCAAGACUGACAAGUCGGACUCGGAGCAGGUGACGCUCCGCAUUCAUCGGAAAAAUGCCCCGGUAGGAGGCAGCGGGGUCAGCGCCAAGAACAAGACGCAUUUCUCUGUGAGGCUCCUCAAGUUUUCCCGGGAGAAGAAAGCGGCCAAAACGCUGGGCAUCGUGGUCGGCUGCUUCGUCCUCUGCUGGCUCCCGUUUUUCUUGGUGAUGCCCAUUGGGUCUUUCUUCCCUGAUUUCAAGCCCUCAGAAACAGUUUUUAAAAUAGCUUUUUGGCUCGGAUAUCUAAACAGCUGCAUCAACCCCAUUAUAUACCCAUGCUCCAGUCAAGAGUUUAAAAAGGCCUUUCAGAAUGUCUUGAGAAUCCAGUGUCUCCGCAGAAAGCAGUCUUCCAAACAUGCCCUGGGCUAUGCCCUGCACCCACCCAGCCAUGCCCUGGAGGGGCAGCACAAGGACCUGGUGCGGAUUCCAGUGGGAUCCGGAGAGACCUUCUAUAAGAUCUCCAAGACGGAUGGGGUCUGUGAAUGGAAAUUUUUCUCUUCUCUGCCCCGUGGAUCUGCCAGGAUUACAGUGCACAAAGACCAAUCAGCCUGCACCACAGCCCGGGACUUUUAACCACGAAAACCACCUGCACACAGCGCCGGUCAAGCCCGGUUGGAACACUGUUGGUGCCUGCCCCUUGUCUACAAACUGUGCCGUGGAGCAGGGCUGAGCCUAGACUGCUGUGGGGUCCACCAUCUUCAAAAAGCAACGGCAGCAAUGGCCUCCGGGCCCUCCAAAGUCCCUGCAAGAUGAGUGAGUGGAGAUGACUGUUGUGGGGCUCGGCUGGCAAAAGCAAGUUAGGAUUUCAGCAGUGGACACCCGGCCUCUGGCCGAUGCUCCCAUCAGCGUUAACUCAUUCAUGCUCCCCACGAC